GGAGCCAUACCAACUUUAUAAACCCCUUGACCAGAAGACAGCCCACUGUAUCUUUUUUGCUCAAAUUUGAAAACGUUUGCGUGUCUCAAUUCUCCUCUCUCUCUCUGUCUCUGUGAGUAUUAAUUUAUUCUGUCCUUUUGUGGUGGUUUGUGUCUUUGUUUUGAGGUCAGAAGUGAGAGUGAAGGGGCUGAGCUAGCUGCAGGAAGCAUGGGGAGAGCUCCAUGCUGUGACAAAGCAAACGUGAAGAGAGGUCCUUGGUCUCCUGAAGAAGAUGCAACCCUCAAAAGCUAUGUUGAGACUCAUGGCACUGGUGGUAAUUGGAUCGCUUUGCCCCAAAAAGCUGGCCUUAAGCGAUGUGGAAAGAGUUGCCGAUUGCGAUGGCUUAAUUAUCUGAGACCAGACAUAAAGCAUGGAGGUUUUACCGAAGAGGAGGACAACAUUAUAUGCACUCUCUAUAGUCAAAUGGGAAGCAGGUGGUCUCUCAUAGCUUCUCAACUGCCUGGAAGAACAGACAAUGAUGUGAAAAAUUAUUGGAAUACCAAGUUAAAGAAGAAGCUCCUGGCAGGAAAAUCAAGCUUCAGUAUUAGCAAGAGUAAUAACAAUGGUUUCGGCCCUUCUAACACUAAUAUUCUUACUCAGCCAGCAUCUUCACAGCCUUGUUUACCAAAAGCUGAAACUUACAAUCUGGAUUACUCAACUUCACAGUCUCAUAUUUCUACAGCAUUGCCAGUUUUAUCUGAUGUCGGUUAUGGAUUCUCUGUCAAUGGUACUCAAAACUUGCUUUUAGACCCAGUCAUGCACUUUUCUGGUCAUCUGUCACAGUUAGGUGCAACUUUGGAGAAUAGUCACAUUGUUACCUCCUCUCAAGAUGGAUCCGGGAUUUCGGAUUCUACUUCUCUGGCUACGGAGAGCAAGUCUGUCUCAAUGCCUUAUAAUGGAUAUCAUGUUGAAGAUACCGGCAAUAUUUUGAUGGAUCAGUUCAGCUAUGAGUUUCCUUAUGAAUUUGUCAAUGGCAUUUGGAGUCAAGAGAAAGCUGGCGAGGUUGUUCCAAGUUGCUAUGAUAGUUUAAUUGAUUUUUCCCAUGCUGACAUAAAGCCUCAAGGACUGAAUCAAAGUGUUGUUAACCGAUAUGGAGAGAGAAAUUAAUGCCUGGUAGAGGAAUGGUGGAAGAAAAAUUAAAAAAGACAUGUGAAAGAAGAGAUCAGAGAUAGAUGCAAGAUGUUAAGAUUUUCUAAUCACAUGCUAUAUUUUAAUGAUUUGGACAUUGGGUUAUGUAGAUAGGACAUAUUA